AUGCGUGGUCCGGACAUCGUACGGCCGAAGCGUCGGGUCGGUGACCCUGUUGACGUCAGAUUCAAAAUGGAGCUCUACCAAGUUAUAGAGCUUAAUGAACGUCAACAAUACGUGAGCAUAUCAGCUUGGGUGAUUGAACGUUGGUAUGACGAAUUUAUCUUUUGGGAUCCUGCCAAAUAUGAUAAUAUCACAGAGGUGAAGAUGCAUCACAGUACAAUUUGGAUACCGGACACCACGCUCUACAACACAUUGGUGAUGAAAGACGAUGAUCAACGGAGACUGUUAUAUGCAAAGGUCACCACACAGUACGAAAAUCGUCGAUCAUAUGUGGAGUUUCUGUACCCAGCUAUUUACAAGUUUCACUGUAGACUCUACUUACAGUUCUUUCCUUUUGACUCUCAAGAGUGUCAUAUGAUAUUUGGAAGUUGGACCUCUGAUAAUCACGACAUCGACUAUCACUCUCUGGAGAGCGCCGUUGGUACAACAAACUUCCUACCCAGUGAAGGAUGGAGUCUCAUGGGAACGUCUGGUACGCAACUACGACUAUUGUUCAGC